AUGAGGAUAUCGGAAGCCGCUGCUCGUGUUGCGGCGGCAGCGGCGGGAGAUAGGCAGGCUGAGACGGUAAUUAGGAUUGAGAAGCACACAAUAGUCCCGCACGACAAAUUUCGCUGGUUGGUACGUGAGUUUGACUUGGCGGCGGCGGAGACGGGGGAGCAGUCUGAAUCGGUGCAGUCGGCUGUUCAAGGAUUGGAGAGGUUGAUAUACGAGGGGGGUAGUACUGAUCAUGAUGAUCAUCAUAAUCAUGAUGAUGAGUCAAAGUUAAUGACGUGUGGGAUUUGCACGGAAGAAGUGAUGAUUGGGUCCCAACUCAUACGCAUGCCUUGCUCUCAUCAGUUUCAUGAAGAUUGCAUUCUGCAGUGGCUAAACAAGGCAAAUUCAUGUCCUCUUUGUCGUUACAGACCUUCCACUAAUAAUUGUUUGGUGUCGUCUUUGUUAAUUCCAUAUUAG